AUGAAAGGCUACUGCCAAAUUGAAGCCGUCUUGGCCUCAGCUGGUGGGAUGAUUGCCAGCUGUGGUGGGAUGAUUGUUGAUGGCGGGAUGGCUGCUGUCGGUGGAGUGACUGGUGGCGGUGGGGUGACUGGUGGCAGCGGUUGGAUGACUGGUGGCAGUGGGGUGACUGUCGGCUGUUGGAUGACUGGCGGCGGUUGGAUGACUGGUGGUGGCAGUUGGAUGACUGGUGUCUGUGGGGUGACUGGUGGUGGUUGGAUGACUGGCGGCGGUUGGAUGACUGGCAGCAGAUGGAUGACUGAUGGCGGUGGGGUGACUGGCGGUGGUGGUUGA